GCUGGUUUGGACAAUAUAAAUGGCAACAUUUAUUGUUCGACGUCUUCCCGAAGCAGUAGCAACUUUGUGGUGUCCCACUCAAGGCGUGUUGUGGUGUGACAGAAGAGCCUGCUUUGCACCGGGACUAGGCCAGAGAUGGGGGAUCCGGAGCCUCCAGAGUUUGGGUCCCUGGAGGAAGAGCUGGAGUACUGGAAGGAACAGGCUGCCAGGCACCAGCAGAGUGCGGAGGAAGCCCAGGAGGAACUGCAGGAGUUUCAGCAGAUGAGUCGGGACUAUGAGGUGGAGCUGGAGACUGAGCUGAAACAGUGCGAGGCGCGAAACCGUGAGCUUCUUUCUGCCAAUAACCGCCUGCGUAUGGAGCUGGAAAACUACAAGGAUAAAUAUGAGACUCAGCACUCUGAGGCCUGCCGGCAAAUCUCCCACCUGGAGGGAGACCUGGCUGAGACCACUGCCAUCAGAGACCAGCUUCAUAAAUAUAUCAGAGAGCUGGAACAGGCCAAUGAUGACCUGGAGAGGGCCAAGAGGGCAACUAUCAUGUCGCUGGAGGAUUUCGAGCAGAGAAUGAACCAGGUUAUAGAGAGGAACGCCUUCCUUGAAAGCGAGCUGGAUGAGAAGGAGAAUCUUCUCGAGUCCGUCCAGAGACUGAAAGAUGAAGCCAGAGACCUGAGGCAGGAGCUUGCGGUACAGCAAAAGCAGCAGGUGCAGGAAAGGAAGCCGUCCAUCAGCAGUGCAGUCAAAGAGCCGCCGUCGUCAUCAUCGGCCACUGGAUUGCCCACUCCUCCUCUCACCCCCUCAGACAAAAGAACAGAGGACAAAACUACAUCUUCCUCCUCUAACCAGCCCCUUCCUUCCACAAUGACCCGACCCCAAGCCUCCACAGAGCCCUUCACACCCCCACAGCCCUCCAUCAGCAGAGGUGAAAGCCUUUCUGCGACUCCUCUCACCACAUCAGCGAGAAUAUCAGCUUUGAAUAUUGUUGGAGAGCUUCUGAGGAAAGUUGGGAACCUGGAGUCCAAGCUGGCAUCAUGUCGGGAUUAUGUCAACGAGCAGACGGCUAAUCGUAGAGCUGGUGGACAGGGAGCAGCAGUGGGCCAGAACAGUUCUGACAGCCAUCCUUCCAAUGGCCUCUACAACAAAGGGCUGGUGAAGAGGUUAGAUUUUGGAACGGGAUCCAAGCUGCUGCUUUGAAAGUGAAAACAUCCUUAAUCCUCCUGAGCUGCUCGGCCCUUCCUCUCCGUCACACCGGAAUGUCCCAGAUAUAACGGUACUGUGUGUUACGUCGUACAGGUCAUCAGCCUCAGUGCCUCUUAAGGACACAGGACAUGGAAAACUCAUGAGAAGCUGCAGUGAUGAAAUGGGUGGAUACGCUACUACGGAUACUUUGGGAUGUCUGCUACUAGCUCAGAUAUGCAGAUUUUUGUUUAUUACCAGGAGUUCUCCUCUGCACUUGCACUUGGAUUUAACUAAUUUACUGGACUCAUGCUGCAUGUAACCACCUCACGUCCUUUUGCUUGGAAAUAUUUUGUGCUUUUUUUUCCCCCUGCUGUCCCUCUCAAUGUGUUUUGAGUCUGAACAUAAAGUAAAUUUUAGAGCAAGUUUUAGAGAUUUCAUACGGAAUCAGUUAAAACUGAUACAGGUUUUCUUUAGGUAGCGAGAAUUGAGGUGAAGAUGUGCAGAAGGAAGGUGGAAGUGUUUGGGGGGAAAAGGCCGUAACACUUGAAUGCAGGACAUUAUUUUGCACAGUGUACAGAAAAAGAUUGAAUUUUCAAAAAGCAAAGUUAGCAUUAACGAAAAGGAGCAAAGCUGAACCCAUGCACACCCUUUCCAGAAGUCCAACACUAGUAUUAAAGCAGCAUUAGUGCAGAUUCUCAGUGUCUUCAUGUAAUCCCAGACUGAUUCCAUGGUGAUGAAAUCAGGACUCUGUGGGGUUCAGAUCACUGGUUGCAGGACUCCUUGUUCUUCUUGUGAAGGCAGUUCUUUAUAACAGUCUGGAUGUUGGUGGUGGUGUUGUGAUCUGGAAGCGGUAAUCCAACCUGCUGAGUUUUAGCAAAGUAAAAAUUUGCUUUAUGGUUCUCCUAACACACCUUGAGUGUGCCUGAUGGCUAAACACUGGAUUGGUAAUUUUAUCAACACAAAAAAUGUUAAUUGUUUAAUCUUGUCUUCUUAAUAUCCCGGGCACCUGACAGGCAGUGGGCUUCUGCAGUUGUUAAAAACAGAUCACAAUGUGUCGCCGAAGAAAUUCCACAAAGUGCCAAUAAUUGUAGACGGAAUAAAAUCUGUAGAUUUCCUUACUUGGCACAUAGUUGGCGUUGUAGCUCAGACAAAGUGAAUCUUUACAGAUUAACUAGUUUCUUCACCAUAAUCUGCAAAGAACAUGACAUUUCAUCUCUGUGUUGCAACCCAUACAUUACCGAGGUGCAGAAUUUGAAAUCACUGCUUGCAAAGAAGGAACAGUGAUAGUGGAGCUGACUUUGGAUAAGCAAACAUGCCGUGCCUCAGUGUGAGCCUUAAGAUUUUAACGAAAUGUGUUUUCAUUACCGUGUCAGUUGUUAUAAAAAGUUGGUUAUUAAAAGUAUAUUGUUAAGUGGGGAAAAAUAACUUUUCAUUUCACAUGAGAAGCUUUGGAAGGAUCAUACAGCACAUAGUGGCCAUGAGGGUUUGUGCAUCUUAUAGCUGCCUUACUUAAUGUUUUGUUUUGUUUUUUUGAACAAUGAGUUAAAUGUGAUAUGUAUGGCUUGUUGCAGGGAAAAGAUACCUCACCAUCUCUGCAGUUUUAUGUAGCUUUCCGUUUAGCGUCGAGUUUCGGUUGUAAGGCUCUUCAAAUGAACGGUUCACUCUCACCGCUCUGGCAGUUGUUUGUGAAAAUUAAUAUUUUCAGUGUUUCCAAGAUGAAUGAUUGCUUUCUCUCCAUGUACGGCUGAGUGUAUAAGGAAGUGUAUGUUAUUGCUAUUUUGAUUAUUUUCUUCACCAGUUUCUCUGUACAGAUACUAAAGCUCCUGGCUCAAAAGUAUUAAGCUGAGAAAGUAAAAUGAUUGAGAUCUAAAUCAAGUAACAUAAUGUGACUCCUGAAAUUGUCUAGAUUAAUUGUUUUACUAGAAAAGACUUGGGUGGGUUAAACAUAGGACAUCUUCUUUGUCAGUAGUGACAGAAUGCAGGAACCCAUUUAGAUUUACACCUAGCAUUGAUUUAACUGUAGAAAGGAGUAAUGCUUUCAUACAUUAGUGCUACAUCUUGUGGUGUUUUUUUUUUUUUUUUUUGUUUUUUUUGCGUCCAGAGGCACUUGAUAGCUCCCUUGGAAUAUCAAAAAUGACUAUUUGUAUGCCGUUGUUGGACUGUAGUGGCCUAAGUAUUGUUAAAUUUAUUGUGGUUACUCAUGGUGCCUAGAGGAUGAUUGCUCACUGUUCCUUUCACUCUAGAAAUAUUACAAUUUUAAAGGUGUAUUGCCAUUAAAGGUAGUGAUCACACUGAUGAAUCGUUAGGAUUUUAAUGACCUCAGAUUUAGCACCACCUUGAGGACAUUUGGAGUCAAAUAAGGCUUUAAGAUUAAUAGAACUUUCCAGAUGUGUUCAGUCUGUCCAAUAAUUUGAUAAUAUGGCAUGAAAUUAGCGUUGUAGAUGUAGGGCACUGAUAGUGGAGAUUUGUUCCAUUGUUGUGUGGCAGACAACCUUUUUUAGACUGUGGAGAAGUUGUUUCAAAAUAAGUAAAUCCCUCUGCAGAGCUCUACUUCUGUCUUUGCAGGAGUGAAAUUGGGAAAUGUCUUCUGUUAAUGAGGAGAUGCAAAUACUUCAGUGAAGGCUAUUUGUGUUUUAUGUUAAAAAGUAAUAGGUUGACUUGUAGUGUUAUUCUACUGUAGGGUCGCUAACAUAGGUUGAAUAUAUGUAGGCCGUGGUUCAGUUGAUUGUUUCUGUAGGCAGCAUCGACUUUCAGGUAGAUGCUUAGGGCGAAUGUAAAGCAAAAGCAGAAGACUGGGCCUUUCCCGUGAAGGUAAAUGUGUGAAAACGGGUGGAAAAGGGCUGAGUGGGGUUUUCUUUUGCCUUAUGACGGUUUAAAAAAGAAAAAAACUACUUGCAUGCUCACUUGCAUGCUCACAAAUGAAGUGCUCAAGUUUUGUUGUGUCUUUUGUUGUUUUUACCUUCAAUGCUGCUUAUGAUGCUUCUGAAAAUAAUUAAAUUUGAAAUGGGGAAAAAAGGAAA